GGAGUCUUGCUCUGUUGCCAGGCUGGAGUGCAGUGGUGUGAUCUCGGCUCACUGCAACCUCUGCCUUCUGGGUUCAAGCAUUUCUCCUGCCUCAGCCUCCCAAGUAGCUGGGACUAUAGGUGCACACCACCAUGCCCAGCUAAUUUUUGUAUUUUUAGUAGAGACGGGGUUUCACCAUGUUGGCCAGGAUGGUCUCGAUCUCUUGACCUUGUGAUCCACCUGCCUCGGCCUCCCAAAGUGCUGGGAUUACAGGCGCGAGCCACCACACCCAGCCCCAUCUUUCUUUAUGUCACCUGCCUGACUACACAUAGCUUCAUAGCAGGAGGCAGGAGACUUUGGUCCAGGGCGGCCUGGAGGGAGUCAGGACUUCCAGGUCCUCAAAACCUGACUUCCCCUCUUCCCUCUGCUUUCUACCUCCGUGCCUAUCUGGCCCUGGGCCCCACAACUGCUGCAGGCAGGGGCCCAGCGAGCGCCUGGCAGACACUGUCUCCUGAAUGCUUUUGCUCCCUCCCUGCCGGGAAGACUGGCUGGGGCAGCUGGUUUUCCCGUUCAGCAGUUUCCAUUCUCUCUGCAACUGGAGCGGUGGGCUGGAGAAACUAUAAGAAACCCAGUGAACCUGGGUGCCUUCAGAACUGCGGGAGUUCCUGGGGUGGGUGCAGCGUGGGACUGGAGGAGGGGGCCGCAGCUCUGCCAAGUGGGCAUGAGGCCUCCUGCUUGAACACACUGGUUCCUGGUAGGCCACUGGUGUGUGUGCUCCAGGGAUACCCUCUCUGCCCUCCCCUGUGUGGGGGUCAUCAAGAAGUGGGGGCGGGCCUUGCAGGCCAGUGUGCUGGCGAUCUGGGAGGGUGACUUGCAGGCAGAGGCUUGGCUAGCUUGGGAAGGGGUGUAGGAAAAACCACCCUCUUUGUCAAGGUGAAUUUUUCCAAACUUAGGGAGCCGUGCUGUGUUCUGCAGGCACGGGGUGCCUCUGAGUAGCAGGAGGUGGGGCUGCCUCUGAGCAGCAGGAGGUGGGGCAGUAGGGCUGCCAAAGGGAGGGCGUGGCUUUGCUGGAACCACAUCAGGGAAAUGAGUCUGGAAGUGGUUCCUUUCUGAGAUCUGCCGUUGCUGGGCUCCUGGGCCUAGCAGGGUCUGAAUAAAAGGCCCAGGCCGUGAUCUUCGUAGGAACUGAGGAUGGGGGACUCCCUUCCCCUGGGGGUCCCUUGGCCUACUGCUUCCUGUUUCAGAGCUCUCUUCUGUGGAGCGGUGUGGAUUGGGUUUAGAGCCAAGUCUUUCUGGGUGCUUUCAAGCCUCAGGACUCCCUCCCGGGGGAGUUUCCUGCCCUGAACCCCUGUUCCAGCGUACCCUGGGGAUGAGCAGACAGUGGGAGAAGCAUCUCUGCUCUGGGAUGGGUUGGCCACAGCCUUCUAAAAGUCCUCCUCCUGGGACCCUGGAGUGGAGUCCCCUCACUCCUGACCCCCUCCUUCCUUCCUUUGCUUCUCUCCCUUAGCAGUGUCUUCCAUUUGCCCAGCUUUUACCAUCACCCCUACACAUUGACUUUCUUCUGCCCCACUGCAAGGCAGAGGGUGAGCGUUCAGAUUCUACCUGCUGGCUACCCCUACCCCUGGCUGGCAUGUUCAACUCGACUUAACUGUAACAAAAUGUGUUCUCCCUGCUGUCCAUCCUCUCCCCUGUUGGGAACCUGCAGAGGAACCUACCUUGGCUCCCCUUUGCCCAUCAAGCCUGGCAUUCUUUUAGGUGCAGUUUACCUGUUGAUCACAGUUCUUUGUGCUCCAAUUUGCCCCUGGCUGUGUUUAACACACACACACAUGCACACACAUACACACACACUCAUGGGCCAACUUGAGCUGUGUUUAGGAAGAGGCUCUGGGCUCUGUGACCCUGUGACCCUUCGACCCUUCCCCCAGCCAAAGCUGAAGGACCUCCUUAGUCUUUUCUGCUGAGGAAACAUCAGGCUGUCCAGGCCAGGGCCCCCAUUGGUCUGGACAGGAAAGAAAACACCCUGUCCAAACAGAGGCAUCCUGAGCGGCUGCCUGGAUGGCUGUGCUGAUUAGCAGGAUUCUGAAGGGAGGCCCGCCCCUAUUGGAGGACCACUCAGAAGCCUGACUGCCCCUGCAGGCUGCAGAGGCAUCCCACCCUGUGUCUCCCCUCCUAGCCAGGGCCACUCAUUCAAGCCCCAUGUCCUGGGGUAGCACCUGCUAUGUGCCUCACAGUGAGUUAGGAAUCUGGCCAGCGUUUCAUGAUGGCCAAACUCAGGGGCAUGAGGACGCCAGCAACCCCUUGCUUUUUUUUUUUUUUUUGAGACGGAGUUUCACUCUUGUUGCCCAGGCUGGAGCACAAUGGCAUGAUCUCGGCUCACUGCAACCACCGCCUCCUGGGUUCAAGCAUUCUCCUGCCUCAGCCUCCCAAGUAGCUGGGAUUACAAGCAUGCUCCACCACGCCCAGCUAAUUUUGUAUUUUUAAUAGAGAUAGGGUUUCACCAUGUUGCUCAGGCUGGCCUUGAACUCCUGACCUCAGGUGAUCCACAGGCCUCCACCUCCCAAAGUGCUGGGGUUACAAGCAUAAGCCACUCACUGCACCUGGCCUCACCCCCUUGCUUUCUAUUUGGAAAAGAAAGUAAUACAGAAGUCUCACCCCUUCCACAACCAAAGGUGGGGAGCAGCCUUGGCCCCUAGCAGAAUGCUGGACCGGGGCUUCCUCUGCUUACUCCCACUGUUUUUGGUAUACCAGGCUUUCUAAGGGGAUCCCCCCUCCCCAAACUCUCCUAUUCCACCCCUACUCUCCUUUCCCAAGACGUGAGAGCCUCAACUCUUGCACAUCCCCUUUGCGGUGGUUCCCAGCGAGUCUGGAGACCGCUCAAGCCUGCAGCAACUCUUCCCUUCGGGCCCAGCCCUUGGGAGGGAAAGGUGCGCGUGUUCCUUUAAGGGGCUGGUCCGGCGGGAGCGCGGGGGUUUUUCUGCUGCCGCUUCCUUUCUGCUCUUUUAAGUUCCCCGAAAUCCGACUGCUGCCUUGGACCGGGACAGCUCGCGGCCUCCGAGACUCUAGCCGUCGAGGAGGUGCCUGGGGACGUUUGCCCUGGGGCCCCAGCCUGGCCCGGGUCACCCUGGCAUGAGGAGAUGGGUCUGCUGCUCCUGGUCCCGUUGCUCCUGCUGCCCGGCUCCUACGGACUGCCCUUCUACAACGGCUUCUACUACUCCAGCAGCACCAACGACCAGAACGCAGGCAACGGUCAUGGCAAAGACCUCCUCAAUGGAGUGAAGCUGGUGGUGGAGACACCCGAGGAGACCCUGUUCACCUACCAAGGGGCCAGUGUGAUCCUGCCCUGCCACUACCGCUACGAGCCGGCCCUGGUCUCCCCGAGACGCGUGCGCAUCAAAUGGUGGAAGCUGUCGGAGAACGGGGCCCCAGAGAAGGACGUGCUGGUGGCCAUCGGGCUGAGGCACCGCUCCUUUGGGGACUACCAAGGCCGCGUGCACCUGCGGCAGGACAAGGAGCAUGACGUCUCGCUGGAGAUCCAGGAUCUGCGGCUGGAGGACUAUGGGCGUUACCGCUGUGAGGUCAUUGAUGGGCUAGAGGAUGAAAGCGGUCUGGUGGAGCUGGAGCUGCGGGGUGUGGUCUUUCCUUACCAGUCCCCCAAUGGGCGCUACCAGCUCAACUUCCACGAGGGCCAGCAGGUCUGUGCAGAGCAGGGCGCGGUGGUGGCCUCCUUUGAGCAGCUCUUCCGGGCCUGGGAGGAGGGCCUGGACUGGUGCAACGCGGGCUGGCUGCAGGAUGCCACAGUGCAGUACCCCAUCAUGCUGCCCCGGCAGCCCUGCGGCGGCCCGGGCCUGGCACCUGGCGUGCGAAGCUACGGCCCCCGCCACCGCCGCCUGCACCGCUAUGAUGUAUUCUGCUUCGCUACUGCCCUCAAGGGGCGGGUGUACUACCUGGAGCACCCUGAGAAGCUGACACUGACAGAAGCAAGGGAGGCCUGCCAGGAAGAUGAUGCCACGAUCGCCAAGGUGGGACAGCUCUUUGCCGCCUGGAAGUUCCAUGGCCUGGACCGCUGCCACGCUGGCUGGCUGGCAGAUGGCAGCGUCCGCUACCCUGUGGUUCACCCGCAUCCUAACUGUGGGCCCCCAGAGCCUGGGGUCCGAAGCUUUGGCUUCCCCGACCCGCAGAGCCGCUUGUACGGUGUUUACUGCUACCGCCAGCACUAGCACCUGGGAUGCUCCCCUGCCGCAUUCCCUCACUGGCUGUGUAUUUAUUGAGUGGUUUGUUUUCCCUUGUGGGUUGGAGCCAUUUUAACUGUUUUUAUACUUCUCAAUUUAAAUUUUCUUUAAACAUUUUUUUACUAUUUUUUGUAAAGCAAACAGAACCUAGUGCCUCCCUUUGCUCCUGGAGGCCCCACUCCAGGAAUCCUGCCUGCUCCCCUGGGCCAUUUGCGGUUUUGUGGGCUUCUGGAGGGUUCCCCGCCAUCCAGGCUGGUCUCCCUCCCUUAAGGAGGUUGGUGCCCAGAGUGGGCAGUGGCCUGUCCAGAAUGCCGCUGGGAGUCUGGACAUGGUGGGCACAGUUCUCCCUGCCCCUCAGCCUGGGAGAGGAAGAGGGCCUCGGGGGCCUCCGGAGCUGGGCUUUGGGCCUCUCCUGGCCACCUCUACUUGUCUGUGAAGCUGCUGACCCCAGUCUGUCUGCCCACUGAGGGGCUAGGGCUGGAAGCCAGCUCUAGGCUUCCGGGCGAAAUCUGAGGGAAGGAAGAAAUUCCCCUCCCUGUUCCCCUUCCCCUCUCGGUUCCGAAGAAUCUGUUUUGUUGUCAUUUGUUUCUCAUGUUUCCCUGUGUGGGGAGGGGCCCUCAGGUGUAUGUACUUUCUCUGGACAAUAAAUGGUGCUAUGACCACCUUCCGCCA